GAAAACAACAAAAAUAGCAGAAAUCAUGUGAAUUUUAUCGAUUUUCUUGGUUUUUUCGUGAAAAAACUCGUUUUUUAAAUUAUUUUUCCACGAAAAAUCAAUAUUCCAGAGGUGCGAAUUGAUGCCGCCCGGUUCUUCUGACGUCCAAAAGUUGGGCUCGCCGACACUACGAAGCUCGUGUGUGCCGCGGAAAAAGACUAGAAGCUCCCUUCUCGUUCUGACGUCGUCAAAUCCCUCAAAAUCGAUGAAUAACGCUGGGAAAACUGCCAGAAAUCGGAGAAAGGCCGAUUCGAAGCCCAAAAAAUCAUCCAAUGAAAUGGAUUUAAAGGAUCCAGAACAAGUUUCGAUCGAAAUUGAAGGAGUCAAAAUCGCGGAAACUCGGGCACCAGAGAAGAAGGAGACGAAAAAAAGCCGAAAAAUCCUCCAUCACGCCGCCGAGAUUUACACGAAAAAGCUUUACCGCCAGGUGGCCACUGGCUUCGAUAUGGACGGUGAUAGUGAUUCAGACAUUCCUGGUUGCUCUAAUCAGGCCAUGAUUUCUGAUAACUGGAAGCCGGAAUACAGUGGUGGAACUCAAGAACUCGCUCAUCCCGAUGAACUUCCACAAACUAUUGUUAAUGAUGAUGAUUUCUGGCUUAAACCCAAAGAUUUCUUCUCAACACCCAAAAAACGGAUCGUUUGUAACCGAAAUUCGGUGGAUUUUGAUGAAAAUAUUCAUGAAGAAGUGACAACUCGGGAUGCUCUACAUUAUGAGAUUACUGCACAUGAUAUGGCUUUUUUGCAAAAAAUUAAUAUGGAACGAAAACUGCUGACCGGUGACACAUAUCUCCCAAUGGCCACAUUUAUUCGUAUCAUAAAGGAGCUUGAAACAGAAGCCUUCAAACAAAUCCACAAUCACCUACUCGAUUCCCUACACGUAGUCUAUUGCCGUCCCCCAGAAGAUGGUGGAGAAGACGCUGAAUGUGAUGUGUGUCGAAUAUCAGAUUGUGAUGUUGCAGAUGAAAUGGUUUUUUGUGAUAUGUGUAAUACCUGUGUUCAUAUGGUUUGUGCUGGAAUCGAAGAGCUCCCGGAUCCCGCGGAGCCAUGGAAAUGUGCAAAAUGUGCACAUAUGGGGACACCGUGUCCCCCGUGUGUCCUCUGUCCAGCUCUCGGAGGAUCAAUGACAUAUUCCGCCGAUAAAACUCAAUGGGCUCAUCACUCGUGUGCUCUUUUCAUUCCGGAAAUUAUUUUUGAAAAUGAAGAGCUCCGCGCUCCGAUGACGUCAUUUGAGAGGGUGGCCGAGGAGCGAUGGAGCCAGAUGUGCUCUGUUUGUGAUACACGACAGGGUGCAUGUGUUACGUGUAGUUGGGUGGAUUGUGAAGAGACUUAUCAUGUUUGUUGUGCUCUCCGAGCUGGAAUGACUGUUAGAAUACAGGAGGUGCCAAAUGACCCGGAACACAAUGUAACACGUGUAACAUAUUGUCAUAAACACACUCAUCCACAAGAUGUCAUAAUUGAGGAUAAAUACCGUACCUACCGUAACCCGUGGCUUGCAAAAAUGGAAACUGUCUUCUUUUUGAUGACUGAUUAUGAGAUGAUUGCUGAGCGGCUCCAAAUGGAAGAAAUCAUAGUGUCCGACGUGUACGAAUACUGGAAACAACGUCGAAUGUCCCGUGGCACCUCACUAAUUCCCCAUCUCCACGAUCAUGUGCUCAUUGAGCCCGUCAUUCACCGUGUCGCCCGAAAAGUCGGUGAAAAUUUGGACGCCGCAAUGAAAACGGCCGGAAUUUCGACAGGCUCGUGCCCAUCCACCACCACCAACACUAACGGAGCCCAGUUUUUUCGGCCGGCGGCUCUAAUGGUCACAGAAUUUCGUCAAUAUAACCUAAAGAGGGCCGCCGAGUCGAUUCAACGGGAUUUACAAAUGUUCUCGAUGCUCCAGCGACGAGAGCAGCUCAAAAAGGAGCAAAUUUCGGCGGAAAAUCGACAAUUCCACGUGGCCUGGCAGCUUUUACAGCGGGGAUUGGCUCCUGGAGCAGUACUUGAAGCUAUGAAAAUUUCCAAGUCAGAAAUUCGGAAAUUUACCUCUGAAUCAGCGAAAAAUUCCAUGUUUUCGGUGCUCGCGGAGCCUAGUUUGAAGCGAAAACACCCCGGAAUUUCACAUAUUCCACACAUGGAGCAUCAAAAAUCACCCCUUCGACCUCGGAAUGCUCCGGCUCAUCAUGGUGCAUCGAAUGGUGGCAGAGCUCCACGAGAAGAUGAACGGAGCCCGUCGGCUCGCGGAGCACAAAAUAUUGAAGUAAUGGGAGUGAGCAAACGGAUCACGAAGAAGCCUGCGAGAAUUUCGACGAAUUGGCCGAUUGAGUAGAAGCUCACAAUUACAAAUCAAUUAUUUCAUUUCAAAUGGAUAUUGUUAAAUAAACCUCCAAUCUCCGCCUCCAAUAUCUCCAGAAUGUGCCACGUCAUCAUCAAUGACGUCAUCAUCGCCACACAAUUCUACAGGAAAAUGCACAAAAAUCCCUUGAAAAAUGAUAUUUUUUGCCCCAAUAAAUUCGAAAAUUCCCCUCUCCUCCCCUUUUCUCUGAAAAUUUAUUUUUUUCUAAAAAAAAUUUAAUUUCGAUCAUUUUUGAAUAGCUUUACUCAUUUGGAUCCCAAUUUUUUCCCUUUUUCCCUUUUUUUCCCAAAAAAUUGACUGAAAUUUGCUGAAAUUCAGCGAUUUUUGUCAUUUUUUGUUUGUUUUUUUUUUGUUUUUUUGUUCGUUUCUCACCUCAUUUCUCAAAUUUUUCAGAGCUCUGCCUCUGCGCCUUUAAAUGGUUUUUUUUUCGUUUUUUCCCUCUCUCACUAAUAAUGGUUGUUUCUUCUUCUUCUUUUUCUCAAUAAAAUUGAAUUUUUGGG